AUGUCAUCUGCCACAACGGUACACGGUUAUGUCCAAAUAUGGAAAAGGAAGACAGGGAUGUCUAAAUCAACAGCAGCAUUCAUUGAAACGGUGGAAGGAAAGAAGAAAGUUAAACUGAUGCUCUAUUUCAAUACUGGACAAGUUAAAACUUUCCAGCUGGGUGAUAAUAUUAAAAGUGUGGCCUUUAGAUCCUAUGGACAAAAUGAAAAUCACCUGCAUUUAACUUUCCAAAAUAAUGACUUCUUGUUUAUUGAGAGAUUAUCAUCCACCCAUGCCAGAGAGUUGAAGACACUCCUAGACAGAGUCCAUCAAGUUGGGGAUCAACCACCCAUGAAACCUGGCAAGGAGGAUGGCGUCUUUACCAGCACAACCAUACAGAAGGGGAUCAGUAAAACUUUAUCACACAAAGUUUAUAAGACAUCAAGUAGUGGACACCUGGAGGUAGCCAAAGAAAGAACCUCUUACAUUCAGAAGAUGUCUUUGUUUGCAGAAAAAUCAUCAUUUAUUAGAAAAGGGCUAUUUGUACAUCAUUUUGGGAAGAGGAAAAGAAUACUAGCAUCUGAUUUAGAGAUGAAUAAAAAUGAGAAACUCAUGAAAGAAAAUUACUUCAAAAGAAGCACAUACAAGAUAAAUCCCUGGAAGUUUGUGAGCCACACUUGGGAGAAACAAUUAAAGGCAAGAGAGUUAAGAGAGAGAAAGAAAUUGCCAUUUGAAUCUUCAUUUGUGACCAGCUUUCUUGGAAAUCCUUACCUAGAUGUUACUAUUCCCCACAUUAUCACUGAGAAAGUAUUUGUGCCAUUUUUUUGGGAAACAAGUUAUGGUGAGUAUAUCCCAGAGUGGGAUAUACUUGAGAAAUCUGUUACACUUUUCCCAGAGAAAGUAUGGCAGGGUCUCCCCAAUUUGGGAAACACGUGUUAUAUGAAUGCAGUUUUACAAUCCUUAUGUUCAGUUCCAUCGUUUGUUAAUGAUUUACUCAAUCAGGGUUUCCCAUGGGGUAAAAUUCCCCAUGAUGCUCUUAGCUUGUGCUUGGCACAGCUGCUUGUUUUGAAAGAUAUUUAUAAUAUAGCAACAAAGGAGAAGUUACUUGUGAGUAUUAAAAAAGCCAUUUCACUAGUUGCAGAUAUAUUCUCUGGCGAUGUACAGAAUGAUGCUCAUGAGUUUUUAAGUCUUUGUUUAGAUCAGAUGAAGGAGACCAUGCAAAGAUUAAGCUUAAGGUGGAAGACUAAAAUUGAAUCGGAGGAAGAUUCGCCUGAAAAGCUUUUGUUUGCUUAUUCUCCCACCAAAAUGAUUGUUUGUCCUGUCAUCACAAAUUUUGAGUUUGAGAUACUGCGCUCUAUUUUUUGUAAAUCAUGUGGUCGGGCUGUUCUUAAGACAGAACCAAAUAACUAUCUCUCCAUCAACCUUCCCCAAGGAACAAAAGCCGAUCCUUUGUCUAUUCAAUCUACUUUUGACCUUUUCUUUGAUGCAGAAGAGCUUGAGUAUAAGUGUGAGCAGUGUAAUCACGAUAGGUCUAUUUCAGUACACAAAUUCAAUAGGCUACCCAGGGUCCUUAUUGUUCAUCUGAAACGCUAUAGAUUGAAUGAGUAUUGGUCCUUAAGGAAAGAUGAGCAGGAAGUCAUUAUUCCCACCUAUUUAAAGUUGUCUUCUCAUUGCAAUGAGAACACAAAACCACCUCUUCCACUUAGCGAGAAUGCCCAUAUUAAGGAUUUCCGUUUACUAAAAAUUUUUCAAAAAAUGAGUUUUGGAAUUCUCAACUUAACAAUGCCUGCAACAAAGUCGACCUCAAAAUCCAAAGAUUCCCUGCCUUUACACAUUGGAUCAAAUAAGAAAUCUGUACCACAAAAAUUUCAGCGAUUCUUAAAAGGGGCAGGUAGAGAGCAGCAGCAAAAAGACUUGGAAAAAAAUUCUAAACUGAAUAUAAUAAAGUCAGAAUUGGCAUCCUCAGGAAAUGUAAUGCUUACUGAACAACAGCUAUCUGCUGGCUCUAUGAAUUAUGUGAAAGAUACCUCCCUUUCUCCAAUUUGCAAAGAUGGAGGUAAACCAAGCUCAGACACAUCUCUUGCAGAUAAACCCAGCCUAGACACAUCUCUCACAGAAGCUCAUUUUCAAGAAGUAUCUGAAAAUACAGAAAUAAAGAAACACGAGGAAACUAAUGGAUUUGUAGAGUUAGAUUUUAGUAGUUUUAGUGAGACUACUGAAGAUUUGUAUGAAGAUAAAAAUCCCAGCAUUCCUGGAAUAUUCCAAAAUGUGGCUAGACAGACCCAGCAGUGUGAUAGCGUGAGAAUCCAUAAGCAAGCCCUUGAACAAGCACUUCCUCAGAGCCUUCCAAAGCUAAAUGCUCAGGAGCACACACAGAAUCUCAGACCUACAGAAAUAAAUGUCCAGAAGCCUGAUGUGAAUUCCUUAUGUUCAGUGGAUGCCAAUAGGAACCCUGAAGAUAAGGAUAUUUUAGAUAAGACAGAAUCAAAAGCCAAGGAACCAAAGGAACCAAAAAGAAGUGCCGAUAAAAGAGAUCGUCAUACUUAUAGGCUCAUUGGUGUUAUCAGCCAUAUUGGGAGUACCACCCAUUCAGGCCACUAUAUCACUGAUGCCUAUGACUUUAAGAGGCACCUCUGGUUCACUUACAGUGAUUUACAGGUAUCUAGUAUCCAAGAGGUCCAAGUGCAGAAGUCUAGGCUUUGCACAGGUUACAUCUUCUUUUACAUGCAUGAUGAGAUCUUUGAAGAGCUAUUAACAAGGGGAGAGAGCUCCCAGUCUUGUAGCACCAAGGCAAGAAAAACCCCUCAGGCGCAGUAG